GUGGGCACGAUGAGGCGUGGGACCAGCCUUGCAAAAGCCGGCGCAGUAAGGCUCUGGGACAGGGUUGGGGUCUGGGAGCGGAGACCGCGACCCCCACCCGAGAGGUAGCCCCCAGACCAUCCACCGUCGUAACACCCACGAUCCGCAGCAGCAUGCCAGCCGCCCACGCUCCUCCUCCACCACAGACACCCGGCCCGGCAGCCCUAACCUGGGAUACGUUGCCGGUGACGUGGUGCUGUCGUCGGGAGUACCAGUCCACGGAGGAGACAGACAAGAUUGAUCGGCUGGAGGUGAGUGGCUUGGCUCAGACACCCCUCACUGUGUCAUAUGGGCAGGACAGCUCAUUCGCGGUGGGUGAGGAUGCCGCCCCGGACCCGCAACGCACCAAGCAGGCCAUCGCCCAGCUGCAGCAGAAAAUCCUUAAGCUCACAGAGCAGAUCAAGAUCGAGCAGACGGCCAGAGAUGACAACGUGGCCGAGUACCUCAAACUGGCCAACAACGCUGACAAACAGCAGAGCACACGCAUCAAGCAGGUCUUUGAGAAGAAGAACCAGAAGUCCGCCCAAACCAUCCAGCAGCUGCAGAGGAAGCUGGAACACUACCAUCGAAAGCUGCGGGAGGUGGAGCACAAUGGCAUCCCGCGCCAGCCCAAGGAUGUCCUGCGGGACAUGCAGCAAGGCCUGAAAGAUGUCGGUGCCAAAGUCACGGGCUUCAGCGAAGGCGUGGUGGAUAGUGUCAAGGGAGGCCUCUCCAGCUUCUCCCAGGCCACCCACUCUGCUGCAGGUGCCGUCGUCUCCUCGCUGAUCCGCAACAAAUCUGGCAGCGCCGACAACAUCUCCUCUCUCAAGGACUCCCUGGACGACCCCACAGUGGAGGACGGGGUGACGGGGGCUGGGGGACGUUCACUGGGCAGCGCCGGGCAUCACCUCCAGUCGAGCCCCAAGUACGGUAGUGAGGACGACUGCUCCAGUGCCACAUCAGGCUCAGCGGGGGCCAACAGCACCACGGGAGCCCCCGGAGGUCCCCCCAGCUCCAAGGGCAACACUUUAGAGAGGAGCCAAAACUCUAGCCUGGACAUGCUGUUGCAAGCGGUGCAGGAGCUGAGGGAGGGCCAAGCGAGGUUGGAGGAAAGUCUGGAUGGCUUGAAGAGUCACUAUCAGAGAGACUACACAGUUAUCAUGCAGGCCCUGCAGGAGGAGCGCUUCAGGUGUGAGCGUCUGGAAGAGCAGCUUAAUGACUUGACAGAACUUCACCAGAAUGAGAUUUUGAACCUGAAACAAGAGCUGGCAAGCAUGGAGGAGAAGAUCGCCUACCAGUCGUAUGAGAGAGCCAGGGACAUCCAGGAGGCCCUGGAGGCAUGUCAGACCAGGAUCUCCAAGAUGGAGCUGCAGCAGCAGCAACAGCAGGUAGUCCAGUUGGAGGGUCUAGAGAACGCCACAGCCAGGACCCUCCUGGGGAAACUCAUCAAUGUGCUACUUGCCCUUAUGGCUGUCCUGCUGGUCUUUGUCUCCACCGUGGCUAAUUGUGUAGUGCCCCUGAUGAAGACACGGUCGCGCUCCCUCUCCACGCUCCUUCUCAUUCUCCUCCUGGCUUUCCUCUGGAGGAAUUGGGAGGCGCUGUCGGGGUACACCCACCGAGCACUGCAGCCUCCCAGAUGACCGGCCCCGAGACCAGGGGAGCAUUGCUUGGGCAACACCGGAGGAUGUGUAACUUGUGUUCCAGUUGUGUGCCAGGAGCAUGAAGAACAUAACUGCCAAUGGGAUGGCUGUGCGACCAGGCACUGAAAAUUCGUCCAGUUGGCUUAGCUCACAUGGGCAGUGUUUGGAUUCGAGACAGAGCAGGAGAAAGGGACAGACAAAAGACUGAAUAGACCCUUGUGACUUUCAUUUAGGAAAGAUGAGACUGUGUUUACAUUUUGGAGAUGAACUAUAGUGUUCUCAUCCCUCAAAGAGAGCAGCAUCAUACUGUUUUUAUCUUUAGGGUUAAAUCGUGUAUAUUAUUAUUAUUAUUCUAAUAAUAUUAUUUUAUUUUUAACAUUGUUUUAUUCAGUACCAUGUAGCAUUAUGCUCCUCUAAUUCUGCACAACAGAGAGUUUAGUCUGUAAACUGGCUGGUGAUUCAGCUCAGAGACCCACUUGCAAAUGUGAUAUAGUGAUUGACUGCCUUCAGGAGGAGUACUUCAGGAAGAGGACUCUUGGCUAGCUGUGACUGAUCGUUUUGAAACACGGGUGGAAACCUUUCCCCGUUCCUGCUGCAAGGUAAUUUGAUUGAACUGGACCCUUUCUUUAGAGCAAUCUGCAUCUCUGGAGACACAAAGGACUUUGAGUGUCAUGGUGACAGGAGGCACUUUGUUCUUCCUUACUGUUUCUAAAAACAGUCUUUACAUCCUCUAACGUUUCCUUUUUCUUAAAGCAAAAUGAAAGAAUAAACUGUUUUUGAUUAUUGAAGGUAAUAUUGAACGAUACUCACUGAAAGGUAGCGGAUCCGGCUUUAGAUGAGAAAGCUGUGGCAGGCCACUCACCAUAGAAGAGGAAGAAGAAGAAGAAGAAGCGGGUCACCUCCAGGAAAAUAUUCUGCCGUAUUUGGCAAAACUCGUUCAUGUACUCUGAAUAUUUCCACUAAGAAUAGCUCAAGCAGAAAGCGAUUUGGUCUUAUCAGUAAUGACAAAGGCCGUUGUACACGUGAAAUGAAUUUACCGGGGUAAUUGCUUUGACCCCCCCCCCCCGCCGCCAUAUUCAAUGGUGUUCAGGUUAGGAAUGGGAGUGAAGUCGGCAGACCACUGGUGCUUAUCCAGCUCCAUCUCAGCUGGAAGGGGAUUGCUGCUGCUCCAAAUCCACAGUGAAAGUUGUCUCCACUGCCAUGUCGGUCAAAUACACACUGCCUGUGUGUGAUACCGGACUAUACAUCACACACUCUCCCCGCACAUUCAUGAUCUCUGUUGGUGUUCUUCCUUUUCUGCCACUACAUUACUCUACUAUUACUCAUCCAGUGCCAAACCUAAGUCUACCCAGGGAUGCCUGAGAACCCGGACACCGCGAGCCAAGCGGCGAGAACAUGGAAGUACUUUAGCGAGUCACAUUUUGCUUCUGUCCAGAUAUGACGUGAAUGUGUCAGUGUGGAAUUUUUUUUUGAAGGACUCUAUUUAGCAUGGCUUUAACUCGGGCGAGGGAACUUUCCGUUCUGAGAACUGGCGAUUUGUAAACGAACUUGGGUCAAAAGUCCUUGGAUGUAUUUCUCAACAUUGGCUCUCUUGAGUACAGCUCCGUUGCUCGGUGUCCCAUCUGUCUUACCCACCCAUUCAUCUGGCCAAGGACAUGACAGGAUGAUAUAGCACAUCUGAAGUCCAAAUCUGCAUUUCAUGCUGUGGAGCUGAUUUCAAGAUAGUGAGAUCAUAUGAACUGAACUGUACAGCUGCACUUUAGCACACCGAUGGAUAAUAUAAUGUAGGUCUGGACUGGGGUUGAAAUACCUUUUGAGAUAAACGUCAGAGACUGCUGCGCUUUAAAACGGUAGUCCUCUUUUGGAGGGCGAUACGGGGUUGCUUCAGGUUUGGGAUCACUGUCAAGUCUGCCUGCAUUACAGAAAACAACCGAUUACAUUUUACCUCAAACUAUGGAUCAUUUGGGUGAUAUUCUGUCAUUUCAACGACAUUUGAAAUAUUGAUCUCCUCAGCAGACAGGUUGGUGCACAGCUGACCUUUGAACCAGCUUGACUUUGCAGUGACCUCUGUGAUGCAGCUGUGGGGUUAUGUGCUAAACCACUCCAGUGCCUUCUGAUGUCCCUUUCUAAGUGUGGAAUAAAUAAAGUGCAUUCCU